UUGGGCGGGGCCUGUCUGCAGGAGUGCGGAGACAAUAGAGAGGCAGAGAGAGCGGCUCCAGGGUGAACCAGCGGCGGUGCAGACCAGCGCAGGGUCCUGCUUCGUUCCAACACCGUGAAGAAGAAAAAAACAACAAGGAUCUGUUUCCUCUUCUAGUUGACCAGUCAAGUGUCUGGAUGGAUUGACAGAUACUGCAUGCAGCACAUUUUGAAAGGAACAUCCGUCGCCAGACCAGACCAGACCCCCGGCUCCGGCCCGUCCCUCCACAACAAUGAACUCCUCGCCCCACGGCUCCCGCGCCUCCAUCGACAUCCUGGAGGAACUCCAGCUGAUUGCUGCACAGAACCUGGAAAAACUGGACAUCAACAAAUACUAUGAAGUUGUCUGUGAGCUGGGGAAGGGCACGUAUGGCAAAGUGGACUUGGUCAUCCACAAAAUCCGUGGCACAAAAAUGGCACUGAAGUUUCUGAGGAAGAAGACCACCAAGCUGAAGAGCUUCCUGAGAGAGUACAGCAUCUCCCUCUACCUGUCGCCCUGCCCCUUCAUCAUCAACAUGUACGGCAUUGCCUUUGAAACAGACGAGUACUACAUCUUUGCUCAGGAGUACGCUCUGGCAGGGGAUCUGUUCGACAUCAUCCCUCCACAGGUGGGACUCCCUGAGGCAUUGGCCAAGCGCUGCGUCCACCAGGUGGCCAUCGCCCUGGACUACCUGCACUGUAAGAAGCUGGUCCACAGAGACAUCAAACCCGAGAACAUCCUCAUUUUUGACAAAGAGUGCCGGAAGGUCAAGCUCUCAGACUUUGGCAUGACACGGCGCGCCGGCUCUCCAGUGAAGCGGGUGAGCGGCACGAUCCCGUACACGGCGCCUGAGCUGUGCGACACCACGCGACAGGAGGGCUUUUGCGUGGACUACAGCACGGACGUGUGGGCGUUUGGCGUGCUGCUCUUCUGUAUGCUUACAGGAAACUUCCCCUGGGAGAAGGCCAUGCCGAACGACACCUUCUAUGAGGAGUUUGUGCGCUGGCAGCGACGCCGGACGGGCACGGUGCCGUCCCAGUGGCGCCGCUUCACUGACGAGGGCCUACGAAUGUUUCGCAGGCUCCUCUCCAUCGAGCAAGAGCGCCGCUGCUCCGUCAAAGAAGUCUUCAGCUACUUUAACCAGUGCUGGAUGUUGGACACCGAGAACGGGAACAGCAGCAGCUUGGCGAGCAGUGCGCCUCCUCUGGACAUCUGCUCGUCUUCAUCUGAAGAGGACGUAUUAGUGGACAGACUGAAGCAGCAGAGCUUAUCGCCUGCUUGUGUGGUGGCGAAGGGGAGCGUCAUGAUGGACACCCACUACUCCUCCAUGUCAACGAACAGCUCACCAUCAUCCACCGGCAGCUACGAGCGCGUCAACAGGGAAAACAACGAAAGAGGACGCAUCCUGGUGGCAACGCCUAUUGAGAUCUGCGUGUAGAGACGGCUGACGCUGCGUUUCAGGCUGCUUGGGGGGGCGUGCUUAGUUUCCCUGCGGAUUUACUCAUUUCUGAUGAAGACGAGCUCUGACGAAAUGAGCAGGGAGACGAUCACAAGCCUCCUGUUUGUGAUUUAUACUUGGAAGACCUGUGAAGAGAUAUAAGCUAAAGGGUGAAGAAAG